AUUCACUGCAAACUCGUCUCAACCACGUUCUCGGAACGCCCACAGUAUGAAGCGCUGUCCUAUGGUUGGGGCGUCGAACCACAGCCGGCUUUCCGGUUCAGAACGGUGAACGGCACCCAUGUUAAGGUUGACAGAGAUCUCUGGAACGCACUGAGCCACCUGCGCAGCCGGACGCAAUCUCAGGUGCUGUGGGUCGACGCUCUGUGCUUCAAUCAUUACGAUACCAACGAGAUGCACGGACAGAUUCCCCUCAUGCUCUUCAUUUACAGUCGCACCCGAGGCGUCCUCGUCUGGCUU